UCCGCUUCCGGGUCGCCCGCCGGCGGUUGCGGUGGUGAAGAAGGUGACCCCCGGCAUCGCCAUGGGCCGCCACUUCGGGAACCUGGCUCGGGUUCGCCAUAUCAUCACCUACAGCUUGUCGCCUUUCGAGCAACGCGCCAUCCCCAACGUCUUCUCGCAGGGGCUGCCCAACGUCUGGCGGCGGUUCAGCUCCCAGGUUUUCAAAGUGGCGCCUCCCUUUGUGGGAGCCUACCUCCUUUAUUCCUGGGGGAUGCAGGAGUUUGAGAGACUGAAGAGGAAGAACCCCGCUGACUAUGAAAACGACCAGUAGCCGGGUUAAUAAAGAGCUUCUUCCCUCAUUGUAUUAUCACCUUGGCGUUGCUAAGCUUGUUCGUGUGACUAGAAGGGUAUUAAGAGGGAGAUAAGUCACGUCUAAUAAACUCUUCUAAUUUUGCCCC